AUGGGGCUUUGUUUACACCUGAGUUUCGCUCCACCAUCUUCAUCUUUUUCCAUGCACACAUUUAUUCUUCUCUGGUGCUUUGGCCUGUUUCUCACCUCUGUGGUUGGCGGGAAUAAUGAGACAGACCGGUUGGCACUGCUCGACUUCAAAGCCAAGAUUAGUAAAGAUCCUCUCGGGGUCAUGAGCUCUUGGAAUGAUAGCAUCCAUUUUUGCCAAUGGAAAGGUGUUUCCUGUGGUCAUCGACAUCAAAGGGUCAUUGUGUUGGACCUGGACUCUCAAAAAUUGGUAGGCUCUAUAUCCCCAAAUGUUGGAAAUUUAAGUUUUUUGUUGAAGCUAAACCUUUUAAACAAUAGCUUUUAUAAUGAAAUCCCUCCAGAAAUUGGCCAAUUGCAUAGACUUGAAGUCUUGCUAUUGAGCAAUAACACAAUAAGUGGAACAAUUCCAAGCAAUUUAUCCAGUUGUGCCAACCUCACAUUGUUUCAUGCAGCUGUUAAUAAUCUGGUUGGAGAAAUCCCCUCAAAGCUUGGCACCUUGUCAAAGCUCCGAAUCUUUGCUAUUCAUAAAAAUAGUUUGACAGGAAUUAUCCCACCUUCUUUUGGAAACUUAUCAUCUCUCGAAGGCCUUUCUGUAGUUUAUAAUAACCUGGGUGGGAGUAUCCCUGAUUCUUUUGGCCAAUUGACCAAACUUAAAAUCUUUUCUCUGGGUUCAAAUAGGUUGUCUGGUACAAUUCCUCCCUUAUUCUUCAAUAUCUCUUCAAUAACAAAGAUUGAUGUAGGAGUUAUCCAAAUCCAAGGGUAUCUUCCGUCAGACAUUGGCAUUACUCUACCAAAUUUAGAAACAUUUUUCAUUUCUAGAAACCGAUUUACUGGAUCUAUCCCUAUGUCAAUAUCUAAUGCCUCAAAUUUACAUAUGCUAAAUUUGGCCAGUAAUAAAUUUACUGGAAAAGUUCCUUCUUUAGAGAAGUUAAAUAGAAUGAGGUUGUUUUCCAUUAGCGAAAACCAGCUUGGAAAUGGAGGAGGAAAUGACUUAAGUUUUCUCUGUUCUUUGUCAAAUGCCACCAAUUUGAGAGAUUUGGAGAUAAAUACCAACAACUUCGGGGGGAAGUUGCCUAAAUGCAUUGGCAACAUCUCUUCUACUCUUACCUUUUUGUAUUUGAAUAAUAAUAAAAUAUCUGGAAAUAUUCCUAAUGUGAUAGGGAAUCUAAUCAACCUGGAGGAUAUAGAAAUGUGGAAUAAUGCAUUUUCAGGCAACAUCCCCUCUAUACUUGGAAACCUUCAGAAAUUACAAUAUUUGGAUUUAUCUCAAAACAAUUUCAUCGGGAACAUUCCAUCCUCUCUUGGAAAUUUAACAAAUUUGCUAGAGUUGUAUUUAGGAGACAAUAAUCUUCAGGGAAGCAUUCCUUCAAGUCUAAGUCAAUGUCAAAAGUUGACAACUUUUCAUCUUCCCCGUAACAAUCUUAGCGAUAUCAUAUCCUCUCAAGUUAUUGGUCUCUCAUUCUCACCAAAUAACCUUGAUUUGUCAGGAAACCAAUUCACUGGUGUCCUUCCCAUGGAAAUAGGAAAUUUGAAAAAUAUAGAACAUUUGGAUAUUUCUGAAAACAUGUUAUUUGGUGAAAUUCCUGCAAGUCUUGCAAGUUGUGUUGAGCUAGAAUUUUUGGCCAUGAGAAGAAACUUCUUUCAAGGGGUUGUUCCUUCAACUUUUGAAUCAUUAAGAGGUCUUGAACAUUUAGACCUUUCUAACAAUAAUUUUUCAGGCAAGAUUCCAAAAUAUUUGGAGAGUUUUGAUUUCUUGCAAUUAUUGAAUCUAUCAUACAACCAUUUUGAGGGUGAUGUACCAACAAAUGGAGUUUUCAAGAAUGCAAGCGCAACUUCAUUUAAGGGAAAUGAUGAGCUUUGUGGGGGCAUACCAAAUUUUCAGCUUCCUAAAUGCAAGUACAAAAUUUCCAAGAAGAGAAUGUUGACUUUAAGGUUGAAGUUAAUAGUCUCUAUACUCUUCGGGCUUGUUGGACUAACUUUGGUUCUAUCGUUUCUAUUUAUUUUUUCUUUAAGAAAAAGAAGGAAAGUAAACACCUCAAGUGAUUCAGUAAAUUUUAUUUUGAAUGUAUCUUACCAAAGUCUCCUACAUGCUACUAACAGAUUCUCUUCUACUAAUUUAAUUGGGGUGGGUUGUUUUGGGUCAGUGUAUAAAGGAAUUCUUGAUCAAUAUGAACAUACAGUUGCUAUCAAGGUGCUAAACCUUGGGUGUUGUGGAGCUUUCAAAAGUUUUAAAGCUGAAUGUGAGGCUCUAAGAAACAUCAAACACCGAAAUCUUGUAAAGGUGAUCACAGCAUGUUCAAGUAUUGACAAUCAAGGCCAUGAUUUUAGGGCAUUGGUAUACGAGUUCUUGGAAAAUGGCAACCUAGAUGAGUGGUUACAUCCAACUCCAAGAACAUAUAAGGCUCUUGAGAUUCCAAGGAAGUUGAGCUUUCUUGAAAGAUUGAAUAUUGCCAUUGAUGUUGCUAGUGCAUUGGAUUACCUUCAUCAUCAUUGCCAAACACCAAUUGUUCACUGUGACAUCAAGCCCAGCAAUGUUCUUCUUGAUAAUGAAAUGGUUGGACAUGUAAGUGAUUUUGGGUUGGCAAGAUUUCUUCAUGAUAUCAUCCAAGAUUCUUCUACAAAUCAAUCAAGCUCAAUUGGGGUUAGAGGAACGAUUGGUUAUACUCCUCCUGAGUACGGUAUGGGAAACGAGUUAUCAAUAUAUGGUGAUAUUUAUAGUUAUGGGAUAUUGUUGCUAGAGAUGUUCACAGGAAAAAGGCCUACUGAUAACAUUUUCCAAGAUAACUUAAAUCUUCAUGAUUUGGUGAAAGCAACUUUGCCAGAACGAAUAAUUGACAUUGUAGAUCCUACUCUUCUCAGGGAAAGACAUGAGAGAGGAAUAAGUAUAAAUGACAAUUGCAAUGAGGAUCUGAAUGGAAGCCUCAAAAUUCAAGAAUGCUUGAUUUUGAUACUUGGUAUCGGAGUUGCUUGUUCCACAGAAAUUCCAAGAGAAAGGACGAACAUCAGUUCUGUUGUGGUUGAGCUGCAUUCAAUUCGACAAAACCUUCUUAGAACCUAUAUACACAUAUAA